CAUGAUCUUUUUGACCUUGUUGGGAUAUUUAGUUGGUCCUACAAAGAAUUGUACUUUUUCACAAAGAAAAAAUGCAUCUUUUAUUUGAAUUCCUAUAAGAAGCUAUAAUUUUCCUUUUGGUGAAUGAGAUGUUUCAGGUUAGAUGUAGUUGUAGUAUUAUUUAGGUUAAUUUUUUAGGCAUGAUCAGUUGCAAAAUAUCUCACAAAAUUAGAAUUAUAAGAGUGUGUAUGUGUGUGUACUGGGAGUGCAUGGAGAGUGAUUUAGUGUAUAGCUGUCUUAUGAUGCUAAACAGCCCUGGCUGAGGGACUGGUUAGCUCUAAGCUAUAGUGACAAUGACAGCUGCUAAGAGAGAGAAAGAGCAAGCGAGAGAGCUUUGCUGCCUCAUCUGCCUCGACAGAGACGCAAGAAAGCUUCAUGAGGAAAUGAAGCUCUCCAACUCAUACACAUCUGCACAGCUCUGCUUGGCCUGAGGGAAAAAAAAGUUUCCUGAGUUCACAUGGACACAGCGGUUAAUAUUGAAAACUACAUUCAUAACUACAUUCUCUAACUUCUGUGAAGCCAGAAAAGCCCUGAGGCUGAAAAAAACGAAAGCUGCUCAGCUCUCUUGGGUAAGCUACAUGUCUUCUUCUGUUAACAGUAAUGUUUAGCUGAAUUCCUCAUAAAUGUCUCACUGUUAAAAUUUUUUGCACAACAGUGUCCAAAUUGAAGAAACUUCAUCCUACCACUGAAAAGCCUUUGAACAAAUCUGUACAUUCUUAAGGGAAACUGUAUCUUCAAUGUUUCUUUUAAGGCAAAAGAUAGCUCAGAAGCAAUCUUAUCGAGAUGUUGCUCCAAGGGUCCAGGGAACGUGGCCCUCUAAAACCAGGACAUCUGAUGAUGUAAAACUCCAGAAGAGAUGCAAAGGCAGCCAUGAAGAGAACCUGUUUUCUGCAGAGCAACUUCGCAAACAUGCCACCAUGCACUUCGGCUACAGCACCCUCAGUCUGUCCAUGAGGGGCCUGGGUGAGGCUCCAGCUGACCUGUGGGAGCUCCAUGAGCUGGGCAAGCUCAACUUGUCCCUUAACUAUCUAUAUUCUCUACCUUCUGGCCUGGGAAAUCUGAAGAACCUUGUGGUGCUCAACAUAUGGGGGAAUGAGUUGGAGAGACUUCCCCCUGAGAUUGGGCUCCUUCAGAACCUAAAGGUACUGUUUGCCUACUGCAACCGCCUCAGUGAGGUGCCUGAGGAGCUGGGCUACUGUGCCAAACUUGAGGUUCUCAGCCUUGCCAACAACCAGCUGACAGGGCUCCCAGGCAGCCUGGUCUCCAUGCACAAGUUGGCCAAGCUAAACCUGAGCCACAACCGUAUGUCACAUAUCCCCACUUGCAUCUAUGCCAUGAAGGAGCUUGUGUUCCUGCACAUGGCCUACAACAUCCUGGAGAACAUUGCCAACCAGAUCCAGGAACUAGCCAACCUCAAGAUUCUCAUAGUGGAAGGGAACCAUAUCCAUACACUACCCCGGACUCUGUGCCAUUUGACUGACCUGGAGCUCCUCAAUGUGGAUUUCAAUGACCUUCAGAGCAUCCCAGUAGAAAUGUACAUGCUCAAGAACCUCAAAAGGCUGGCGUGUCAUCCACUUGAUAAGGGGCUACAUAUAGUUCAUAAUCCACUCCUGAAACCUCUACAAGAAGUGCUACAGGGAGGACUGAACGCCUUGUAUAGCUACCUCAAACCUGCCUGAGAAUUGGCGACAUAGAACCGCAACUGCCAAAACCUUUACAUUUUAGUGUUUUACCUGCUCUAACGCACCCACUUCAAUUCUGGAAGAACUGUUAAUUAGCUAUUUGAAUCAGGUGUGUUAGGAGAUGACAAAACACUAAAAUGUUACUCCAGAACCAGGGUUGAGAACCUGUGCCUUAAAAUGUAAAGCUUAUAUAAAAUAUUAUUUCUGGAUGAUGCACAUCAUUUGGCUGAACCAGUGCUUGAACUAAAAAAAGUGUGCCAGUACUUCGCUAGUGCCCGUACUUGUUACUGGUUUUAGCAAAACAUUAAGUAAGUUUGAAGCUCAGUAGUGAUUAGGACACUAAUCAACUAAUGAAACAUACAGCAUGUUGUAUAAACAUUAGCUAUUUAUUGUCUUAAUCACUUCAGAGCUUUAAAAUGACUUAAUGAUUUAUAUAUUUAUGUUACCUUUACUCAUGUGGUUUAUCAGAGUAUGUAUGAGUAUCAGCCCAAUGCCCAACAAAAACCCAGCCCAACACUGCAGGAUCACAAUGCCCAACACCCAAAGAGAACCCAGCCCAAUGCCCAAAGACCACUCAAUCCAAUGCCCAAAGAGCACCAAACUCAUUCUAGUUGUAAUUUGUGAGAUUGCAAUUUAAAAAGCAAAAUAUGGUCAGCUU